CAAUGUAUAUUCAGGAGAUAAAUUAUCAGAAUAACUUAUUUUUAAAUAAUGGCUGCAAUAGAAAGCAAAACUAAUUCCAACAGAAACUCUUUUGGUCUUAAGCCCGAAGAUUACAUUUACGAGGACGAUUUGUGUUAUGUGUUCGACGAAUUGUACAAUCCGCAAGCCCCCGUCCACUUUGUGGUGGCGCCAAAGAAGCAUAUUCCGAGACUAUGCCACGCCACAGAUGAAGACGAGAAGAUUCUUGGCCACCUCCUAAUCGUCGCCAAAGACACUGCAAUAUUCCGCGGCCUCCACAAGACGGGCUACCACGUGGUGGUAGACGAGGACCAUAGAGCAGGGAAACUGCGGGCGCUCCAUGUGUUCGGGCGGGCGCUGCAACACAUGUUAUGGCCGACAGGGCCCGGAGACCGGCUCUGAUAUCAAUUUCACUAUAGCUUCCUAAGUUCCAAAGUCAUUUAUGCAGAUUUGGAAUCUUUUUUUCUUCCAUUUUGAAAUGGCCUUUUAAAAGGACAUUGGGUUAGGGAUAUUAUAGGCUAACUCUGCACCGACUUUGACGUGAUAAAGUCUGGAGUGCCAUGAGCGGGUAAACUGCGGGCGCUCCAUGUGUUCGGACGGGCGCUGCAACACAUGUUAUGGCCGACAGGGCCCGGAGCACGGCUCUGAUCUCAAUGCAAUUUCAUUCAUUCAUUCAAGGCUCGGAACCGGUUUUUUCUUCAUACAAAAAAUACUGGUAUUAUUACGUUCUUUGGUUAAUUAUUUGAUUUUUAAUGGGACAAUCUAAUAAUACGAAGUUGUUACCUAAAUACAUGAUACAGUCCUACGGAAAGAGCAUAAAAUAAUUUAAAAUAUUGGGCUAUUUCGGGUU